AAGAACUCUGUCCACUAUCUACGAAAGUGGCCAGUUCGAUCAAACUUUGUACAACGACCUGACACUUUACACAGCUAAAGAUGAAGAGACCGAUGAGACCCUCGUGAGCAAUAGAUCGGAUUUCGAGUACACCAACGAUGCAAUUAGUUUGAAGUCUGCCCAUGGCUACCUCAACCUCUCCCCAUCUGAACCUGACGCCACACUCGACCGAACUCAAACUGAGGAGAACUGCUCAAUGAACUAUUAUACCCACAGGGUGCAACAGAACAUUAACUCUAACCGCUCGUCCACCUGCAUUGCUCCAACAUUCCGCUCAACCAUCUCCCGUGCUUCAGUCAUUUCCCUCCGCCAAAACCUGCUCGAAAGUCACCAAGCUCAUGCUCAAAAUGCUCCGGCUCUUCCUCAAGCCCCACCACCAAACUCGAUUCGCCAAGGAGCCCUUCGUGUAGCCUAUCUGGCAAAGAAGUUUGAGUGCAAGAAAUCGGGGAAAAAGUCUGAAAAUUCCGAGAAAAUUCGUUCCCCACCACUGGAAGUUCUGUUCCCGCCGCUACCGGUUCAACAACUGCAGGAGGAGGAUUUGAAGAGCUUGAAAAGCCUGAAAAGCCCUAGAGUCUCCAAGCUGGAUUUUACUCCAUCGAAAAAAUCUAUGAAGGGAUCUAUGAAGAACAUGGAACUUGAUUCUUGA